AUGCUGCCAAAAAAGCCAAAGGCAAGAGAACGCGUAGUCGAUACCGAAAUGCGGCGACCUGUUGUGCACAAGAAACAUAUAACUAGAGACAAUAAUGAUAAGAUCGUUAAGGACCCGCUCAGUCGUCUGCCACAUGCCGAAGACGCGCCCUUCAACGCAUACAGCAAGCAGCACGAGCCCAAGUGUCUGCCCGACACGCGUAUCGACCUCUUGAAAGUCAUACACAGCUGGGCGGAUGGGCAAGACCAGCGCUGCAUCUUCUGGCUGAGCGGGCUGGCGGGGACGGGCAAGUCAACGAUCUCGCGGACAGUGGCGCGCAGCUACUACGACGAGAAGCGUCUGGCAGCCAGCUUCUUCUUCUCGCGCGGUGGCGGCGACGUCAGCCACGCAGGCAAGUUCGUGACGAGCAUCGCGGUGCAGCUUGCGCACAACGUGCCAGCAUGUCGGGAGCACAUCUGCGAAGCAAUCGCAAGCCGCCCCGACAUAGCCAGCCAGUCCCUGGGCGACCAGUGGCAGCACCUCGUUGUCCGUCCACUAUCACUGCUAGUGGGACUGUCCUCGUAUGUUCUAGUGGUCGAUGCGCUCGAUGAGUGCGAUAACGACAACAACAUCCGCAUCAUCGUGCAGCUGCUGGCCGAGGCUCGAACACUCACGAGUGUCCGGCUGCGGGUGUUCCUCACAAGUAGGCCAGAAGUGCCGAUCCGCCACGGGUUCUUUCAGAUCGCGGAUGCGGAGCACCAGGACUAUGUGCUGCACAACAUAUCGCCGUCGGUCGUCGAUCAUGACAUUUCCGUCUUCUUAGAAUACAAUUUCGGCCUUAUUGCGCAAGAAUGCUGCCAAGCUGCAGACUGGCCAGGCCAGGGGGUCAUCAAACAGUUAUGCCAGAGCGCAAGCGGUCUCUUCAUCUGGGCGGCAACCGCCUGUCGAUUCAUUCAACAAGGUGGCCAGCUUGUUGUUGAUGAUCGAUUACGGGCCAUUCUCGGAGUUGGUUACCCUACGGAGGACUCACCUACGGAUGGAUCCUCAGCCGAGGAUUCCUCUACGGAUGAUCCGCCUGCGGUCUUACCUGAAAAGCGGUUGAACAAGAUAUAUCUUACAGUCCUCCAGAGUCCUAUUCGAAGGUACAGAAAGCAAGAAAAGAAGAAGUGGUACAGCCUGGUCAAAGAGACUCUUGGAAUGAUCGUACUCCUGUUAUCGCCGCUUUCUACAUCUUCGCUGGCCACGUUGCUCCGAAUUCCUGUAGAGAGUGUUCAUCAAAUGCUGUAUGAGCUGCAUUCCAUCUUCGACAUCCCAGAGGAUCAUAGCCGACCGCUUCGCCUCCAUCACCCGUCGUUCCGCGACUUCCUGCUUAACAAAGACCGAUGUGGCGAUGCUUUCUGGGUCGACGAGAAGCAGACGCAUGCAGCCGCUCUCAAGCAAGACAUCUGUGGCGUAGAUACUCCUGGCAUGCUUGUAGCCGAGAUAGAGAGACGCAAAUAUGCAUGUCUGUACUGGGUCCAACACGUUCAGAAGAGCGGGACGCAGCUACGGGACAACGACCAAGUGCACCAGUUCUUGCAGGAGCAUCUCCUCCACUGGCUAGAGGCGCUCGGGUGGAUGGGGAAAUCAUUCGUUGCUUCUAGUGACGGUCCUUCUCUUUUGGCUUUCGUCCACGACGCGAAGCGGUUCGUUCUCUACCACCGGGCAGCGAUUGAGCAGGCGCCUCUGCAGACGUAUAGCGGGCUUGUGUUUGCACCGACAGCAAGCAUAGUAAGGAAGAGGUUCCAAGGCAGCAUACCUCGAUGGAUUCGAGGAGUGCCAAAAGUAGAGGAGGAAUGGAACGCGCUGCGGCAGACGCUUGAGGGCCAUGGGCGCUAUGUCACCGCGGUGGCCUUCUCGCCGGACGGCACGACACUGGCCUCGGCAUCGGGCGACACCACGGUCAAGCUGUGGGAGGCCAGGACGGGGGCGCUGCGGCAGACGCUCGAGGGCCAUGGGGACUUGUUGAUAAAGGGCUAUGUCAAAAGCUAA